UACGAACGCGAUUGGUGCUCGCGACAACAUGUGACUAAAAGAUACCAUGUAAACACCAGAGAGAAGGCCGCCAUUGUCAGAAUUCAUGAGGUUAACUUUGUACUUAAUACUGCCAGUGUUGGCAGCUCUGUGUCGGGGCUACACUCUGAGGAGCUCGGUCUCCUGGGUGGUCGCCGCCAACGAUGUGGUGGGAGACGCCGACCUGUCGGAGGAAGUCGCGCCGGCUUUGCUCGUGAAUGGUGGCGGUUUAUGGAAGCAGGCGUAUCCCUCCCCGAACGUCCUCCGGGAGAGUCCCGAGGAGCAAAUGGAGCCAGAGGUUGACUCCAGUGCGGUGCAGAGUCGUUCUCCUCUGUUCUCCUACAGGCGGGAGAAGAAUACAAAGGCGGGCGGUGGAAAGGACCCUCCCCCUCACCAGGAGACCGCCAGGACGGCUCGGUACAUCGCUCAUAGCAGCGACUGGGGAUGCCUGGCUACCAUUUCCACUCAAGACCAGAUCAAAGGCGUCCCCUUUGGGAACAUUUUCUCUGUCAGCGAUGGACCAGUGGAUAACAGCACCGGAGUCAUCUAUUUUUAUAUGACCCCCAAGGAUAUCACAGUGGUGGACUUGCAAGCGAACCCUUUCGCUUCUGUCACAUUUUCAGAGGCUGAAGGGGAUUUAUGCAGACAAAUGGUGUAUGAUCCAGAAGAUCCUAGGUGUGCCCGACUCACGCUGACAGGCAAGAUGGUGGAGAUAGCUCCAGAGGAGCUCGCCUUUGCCAAGGAGGCAAUGUUCUCCAGGCAUCCCCAGAUGGCAAAGUGGCCUGUGGGACACGAGUGGUUCUUCAUGAAGCUGGAUCUCAUCCAAGUCUGGCUGCAGGACUGGCUCGGAGGCACAUCGCUCAUUCCGCUGGAGGAAUACUUCAGAGCUUUGCCCUUCUGAGGAAACCGCUUCCUCAGCAUCAUCACAUCAGUCAGCCUAAAAAAAAAAAAAUCACAGAUGUGUUUAAGAUUCCAAGAGAAGCUAUGAAUAAGUGGUUUUAAUUGAUUGCUGAUUUAAUCUGGGGUGUAAAGCUAGCAAACUAUCCAUCCAGCCAUCUUCUGUGCUGCUUAUCCUCAUUUGGGUCUGAGGCGGGGUACACCCUGGACUGGUCGCCAGCCAAUCACAGGGCACAUAUAGACAACCAUUCACACUCACAUUCAUACGGACAAUAUGGACAAUUUGGAGUGGCCUAUUAAGCUAGCAUGCAUGUUUUUGCGAGAAAACCAGGGAGAAUAGGCAAACUCCACACAAAGAUGGCCAAGUGGAGAUGCUAGCAAACUAGCUAACUGAAUUGAAUGGUAUGUGAUAUCACAGCUUGCAUUGAAUGUGCAUCGAUAUGAUGUAUCCUAUCCAAGCUGAGGUGGGGUACGUUCUGGACAUGCAAAGUCCGCACAGAGGAGAUUUUAACCCGAAUCUCUUAACUGUGAGGCAGAAGUGCCAACCACUAUACCGAUGUGCUGCCGGAAAGUGAAUCAUGUAAUGUAUUGAGGUUCACCUAAAAUUUGGUGGUUUUUUUUUCUUUAAUUAAAGAAUGCUUGCAUA